AUGCCAUGGCUGAGCCGUCUCGUGCAGGUAGUUGCAGUUGGUCUGUAUCGGUUGCUCGAGGAAGCGAAGGGGUUUUCGAAGCCAGAGAUCUCGGGUUUCAGGGUAGGAGCCGUUGCAGUCGGGGAGAGCGGCACGUCCUAUCUGGGAGGCAAUGUAGAGUUCCGGCACCAGGGGCUCGAGCAUGUCAUACAUGCAGAGGAGUUCGCCAUCACCAACGCGAUCAAUCAUGGGGAAAGGUCCAUAUCCCACCUGGCCGUCUCCAUGGCACCCUGCGGAUACUGCAGGCAGAUCAUCUCAGAGCUCGCUGAAGCUUCUCAGCUGUCGAUCUGGAUCUCACCGUCCAAGAAACCCACAGACAUCGAUGCUCUCCUUCCCUCCGCCUUCUCCCCGAAGGACCUCGGAGGCAGAGGACGACUGUUGAGCGAGCAAGCACACGAGCUGGAGCUUGUCGAAGUGCCCGAGGAGGCAUGGAGGCCUCUAGCAGAUGUCGCACUCGAACGUGCUAACCGAUCUUACGCGCCGUACACCCGCUCACCAUCAGGCGUUGCGCUGAUGCUAUCUUGCGGAAAGAUCGUUGGAGGAGGAUACGCAGAGAACUGUGCCUUCAACCCUUCGAUCAGCCCUCUCAAGGCAGCUAUCGUUGCAGUGUUGUCUUCACAGCAGAGGUUAGAAGAUGUCGAGAAGCUGGUUCUUAUCCUUCAGUGUGAACAGCGCAGCGCAGCGCUAGAAUGA